GUUUGUAUGAAGAGAGUCAGGAGCGCAAGACUAACUCCAGAAAUUUACCAUGAUAACGAUGAAGCACGAGUCGAGCCAGCAGCUCCUGCACCACGAGGACCCACUCGACGGCGACGACGACGACGACGUGCCAGAGCCGACGCAGGUCCAUGCAAAGGACCUCGAGGCGACGCCCGUGGCCUUUAGCGCUGACGACGUCUCGAUGCUGCACUACUACCUCGAGUCGGCCGACGAAGAGGGCAUGACCAAGCACCUCCAGGAGCGGAAGCGCCUCGAUCGCCACCGCAUCAACAACAUUCGCCACCGCCAGCGCAAGCAGUGUGAGCACGCCGACCUGCGCAAGAUGGCCGAGGCCAUGGAACACAAGCUCCGGGUGCUCCAGGCGCGGGCCGCGCGCCGCAAGGCGACGACCCACAUGGACCCGGAAGAGACCUUGCGCAACAUUGAAAAGUGGAAGGAGGCCACCAAGUCCGAGAAGCGCCGCCGCGAAGAGGCCGUCGAGGAGAAAGAGCUCUUGACGGCCUCGACCACGUCGCACCGAGGCCUCAUCCAAAUGUACUACAAACGCAUUCUCGUCGACAGCUCUGUGCUCAACAAUCCGCUGCUGCUCGAGAACGAACCGUUCGUGAUGAACACGCUCAUCGGGUGCGACCAUACGCGAGCCCAAGGGUAUCGCUGGAUCAGCGGUCAAAUGCACCGGCAGCUCGACGUCGCGCUGUCCUACUUGCACUCGUACAUUGGCCACACGAUCGAAGAGAAGACCAAGAUCUUCCUCGGCGACUCGUCCGUCGACCUCGUGCGCCAUCGCAUGUGGCCGUGUCCCUUUGCCGUCGUGGCGCAGUCGGGCUGGGAGUCGUUUACGCGCAUGUCGACGGGCAAUCUGCCUCGCAAGACGUCGAGCCUCGAGGUCAUCGACGUCAACACGUGCUACACCCGCAUCCUCAUUGAAGACGGCAUUGGCCCCAACCAGCCGCUGACGCUCAAUAUGCUCCAACGCCGCUUCGUCGAGGACUCGCGCGUUGUCAUUACCUUCCGCACGAUCGCCGAAGACUCGACGUUCCCUCUCAACAACCCGAUCGAGCACGGCGACCUCUCGAUCGCAGGCUGGCUGUCGUUUGAGCGCGUCACCGACUCGUCGGCGCGCUGCCGCGUCUUUGUCAAGUUCCGAUCGACGGUCGAGAACGACGAGGAGGUCGUCGACUUGACAGCAAUUCCGAGCGCGACGGCCACGAACCGCAAGACGCGCGCCAACCAGUGGAUCAUGAGCAUCAUCGCCAAGAUGUACGACGCAGUCGACACGGCGACGCUCCGCGGCGUCAACGCGCCGGCGCCGGCGACACCACAGCUCGAGGUCCUCCGCAAGACAGAGCAGGACGAAGCCGCCCAGAGCCCGUAGAUGGCGCCCAUGCUCGUAGCAUAUAUAUAUGUAUCUCCCGCCAUUAUUAUAAAACCCGUGUUUGUACCACAC